CGGAUGCGCGCUAGUCCAGUUGGCGAUCGCCUGCGCUUGUGGGAAGUUAGUCCGCAAGAAUUCUCCGCGGCCGCGAGAGAGAAGGUGCACUUUGAGGGAAGAUUUGCGUCGGGAAGAGUAGCGAUUUUUCACCAUGACGAGCAGCAAGAAAGAUGUGAUUAUUAUCGGAGGUGGCAUCUCGGGAAUGUCAGCAGCCAAACUGCUACAUGAUGAAGGUUUAGAGGUCUUGGUUGUUGAGGCACGAGACAGGCUAGGAGGACGAACUUUGACCCAGGUGGAUCCCAGUGUUGGCUAUGUGGACUUGGGUGGUUCCUAUGUUGGCCCAACCCAGAACCGUCUUCUGAGACUGGCCAAAGAACUUGGAGUGGACAACUACAGGAUCAAAGAAGAUGAACGACUCAUCUGGGUUGACAAUCAAAAGGGCUACCCAUUCAGGGGAACUUGGCCCACGUUCUGGAAUCCUUUCAUCAAUCUUGAUUUGAAUCAUGCCAUCAGAGAGGUUGAUCGGCUCGGAGACAUGAUACCAGUGGAUGCACCUUGGGAUGCACCCAAUGCUGAAGAGUUAGACAGCAUGACCAUGAAGGAAUGGAUUGACAAAAAUUGCUGGACAGAAAACGGGCGUCGGUUCUUUUCAGCAUGUGUCAGAUUGAUUGUUACCAUGGAUCCCAAGGAGUUGUCUGUGCUGUUUUAUAUGUGGUACAUCAAACAGUGUGGGGGAUUUCUCCGCAACCUGAUGACCGAUAAUGGGGGCCAGGAGAGAAAGUUUGUUGGUGGGUCUCAGCAACUAAGCAUUAAGAUUGGAGAACGUGUCGGCAAAGAAAACAUCAAAUUUGAGAGUCCUGUUUCUCAGAUAGACCAAAGCGAGGAGAAAGUAGUAAUUCAGAACAUUCAUGGAGAGGUCUUUGAGUCACAAUUCAGAAACGGGCGUCGGUUCUUUUCAGCAUGUGUCAGAUUGAUUGUUACCAUGGAUCCCAAGGAGUUGUCUGUGUUGUUUUAUAUGUGGUACAUCAAACAGUGUGGGGGAUUUCUCCGCAACCUGAUGACUGAUAAUGGGGGCCAGGAGAGAAAGUUUGUUGGUGGGUCUCAGCAACUAAGCAUUAAGAUUGGAGAACGUGUCGGCAAAGAAAACAUCAAAUUUGAGAGUCCUGUUUCUCAGAUAGACCAGAGCGAGGAGAAAGUAGUAAUUCAGAACAUUCAUGGAGAGGUCUUUGAGGCCAAGUACGUGAUCAUUGCUAUGGCUCCAUCAAUGACCCAGCGCAUUCAUUACAGCCCCCCUCUUCCACCCAAGAGGAACCAACUGAUAGCUAGAGCUCCUGUUGGCAGCGUCAUCAAGUGCAUGGUGUAUUACAACAAGCAAUGGUGGAAGGACAGAGAUUUCUGUGGCUCAACUUUCAACGUGGAUCCUGCCAGUCCAAUGGUGUAUUCUUUGGAUGAUACCAAGCCAGAUGGCAGCUUCCCUGCAUUGAUCUGUUUUGUGGCAGCCAACAAAGCCAGGGAAUUCUGCAGCAUCAGCAAGGAAGAAAGGAGAGACAGGUUGUGCAAGGCCUACUUCAAUGCCUUCAAUGGGGCCGAGGAAGCUUUGCAUCCGGUGAACUACGUGGAGAAAAACUGGAUGGAGGAACAGUACUCUGGUGGAUGUUACACAGCGACCUAUGGACCUGGUGUCCUGACUCAGCUGGGAAAGGAACUUCGUAAGCCAUUUGGACGUCUGUAUUUUGCUGGAACUGAGACUGCUACCCACUGGGCGGGAUACAUGGAAGGCGGCAUACAGGCAGGGGAACGAGCUGCAAGAGAGGUGCUGCACAGAAUGGGAAAGAUAGCAGAGAAUGAAGUCUGGCAGGAUGAACCAGAAUCAAAGGAGGUGCCAGCUCUUCCCUUCCACUCCACUUUCUUCGAGCGGAAUGCACCAUCUGUUCCUGGCUUCCUCAAGUUCUUGGCACACACUGCCAUCGCAUCUACAGCCGUUGGGCUUUUUGUUGCUUGGCGUGCCAAGUACAAGUAAACGAGUCUCGUCGAAGAGAAGUGACUGAAUCUGGACGGUCAGAGUCCAAAGGAUUUUUUAUUUGGGGAUUCAUGGAAAGGUUGGGCAGCAUUGCAAGUCCGGCAAUUUAAUGCCAAAUACCUUGAUCAUCCUACUGAGAUACAAGUUUGCCUGCUUCAAAGUUAAGAAGGGGAAUUGAUAAACACUACCACUACCACACAAGGCUUGCAAAGAAAUGUUGAGUGCGGUGGUUUUACAUUCCAAUCAAGUGUGUUGUUACAGCCAGCAUUAAUAUAACUAAUGAUUGUCGGAAGAUUUUGGUUGAUUUGCAAUGCACGUAUAUAUGUCCCACUCUGCAAAAAUGUGUAUUAUGUCGCGCAUUGCAAAAACGCAUACUGGCCUGUUCCAUGUGCUGAGGGUGAAAUAUUUGGAGGCCAAUUUCUUGACCAGAAAGCCUCUGUUACUAAGGAAAAUUAAGAGAGUAUGUUUCUGUUAUGUUUACAGAGCAUUAUCUCAGAAGCACGUGUGAUAAAAUGAAAUUAUAUGAAUAUGCAAAUGGCAAGUAACUCCAAAAUGCAAAAUGCCACCGGGAUGAAUUAUAUAUCGAAUGAAAGCUUAGCUUAAGGUUAAAACUUGUAUAAAAACUGUCUGAUGAAACUUUGAUGUCACAGAUUUAACAAAAUCAGUAUUUUACGACUGAACUAAGUUUGGUGUUGGGUAACAGAGAGCUGUUACCUUUGGACGGUGACUCAUUUUUAAUGAAAAUAAAGGAAAUUAAUUAGAUUGAAUUUCAAGGCACAUUGCACUACUUGUAAAUUUUGUUUUCAUGUACAGGAGAUGGAGAGAGAAAGGAAUUAAGAGUGAUUUUUACCUGUCUGUAAAAGACUAAAACACCAGGGGUAACAUGCUUUAUACAUGUGUCUGUAAAAGACUAAAACACCAGGGGUAACAUGCUUUAUACAUGUGUCUGUAAAAGACUAAAACACCAGGGGUAACAUGCUUUAUACAUGUACUUUGAUCCAGUCACUCUACUGUUGGAUAGAUCUAGUGGCACCAUUUUGAGGGGGGUUUGUCAGUAACAGAUUUAUUUGACUAUCGUAAGCCAACUUAUGCAGGUUGUUAGUUUGCUGAGUUUGGUUAGACUAAGAGCAUGUGAUUGCAAUGUGGCAGUGCAUGUUGGAAAGACUAAAUCAGCAGAACAAUCUUGGUUGCAAGUUUGAAAAUUCUGACAACUCGACGCAAUCUCAACUCUUGGCCCAAGGACUUUUUCCAGGCCAUUCAAUAUUUCAGGAUUGCUGGUGAAAUUGUGAGUUAUAAACUACAAACAGGUUUCAAGCAAAUAUGACAGAAUAUGCAUUAUUAUGUGCAUAUUCAUUUUUAUAAAUAACCAUCCAUUUUAACCCUAAAUUUUGUAAGAGGUAUUUGAUUCUUCGCAGUUGUGGAAUUGUGUACGGAUUCCAGGAAGGAAAGUUCAUGGGGAGUUUUGUCUUUAUCAUUACUGCAGAAAAUUAUUUAGCAGGAAUUAGAAGUUAGAAUUCUAGUUGUAGUGAGGGAAAUACACAUGCCUGCCUAUAAAAGGCUAAAAAUGUGGACAUUGUUAUCAAUUGUUUUGCUUUACUUUCAACGAAAAGUUGUGGUGUUUAGUUUAUCUUGAUUUAUUUUGUUUGUAGUUUUGUGUUAUGCUUUGUAAUUGCCUACUCCAUUGAGAUCUUUAUUCCAAACACGAUGGCUGAAAUGUGAUAAAUAAAUACUGGCAAAGUUUUGUAGUGAAACCCUUCCUGUAAAUGACUUUAUCAGAAGAAAAUAUAAAUACUUUAGUGAUACAUUACACAUGCGUACACAUGUAAGUGUACAUGUUGUGCUUGGCUUUUGUGAUACAUUACACAUGCAUACACAUGUAAGUUUACAUGUUGUGCUUGGCUUUUGGAGUUUUUAUUCCUAAGUCAUUCAAAACGCUACAGCUGAAAAUGUGGUGAACAUUAAGUAGUUGGAAAUUUGGAGUGAAAUGAUUCCUUUAAAUAGAUUUAUCAUUAGCAGAAAAGAUAUAUACCUGAAAACAUUGCAUGUUAAACAUGUCUAGUGCUUUGCUUUGUGCCCGAUGGUUAUUCCAACUGUAAAGGCUGAUUAUAUAAGAAACUAUAUAUGCUUUACAUGAGACUUUCACAAAAUGGAGUGUUAGUUUAUGAAUGCAUUAUAAAACAUGCUCAGUGGAAACAUGUUUUCGAAUGAACAAUCAUGGCGUACUAAAAUAAGUUAAAAUUCAUCUGUACAUCAGUGAAUACCUCAAAUAUUUUACAAAUGUUACAGUGACAUUUCAAAUGUUUUAUUCUUGUAUAAUACUUGUGAUUCCAUGUUUAUUUACAGCUUCAAGUAAAUUUGCCUUCAAAUCAUGCCGUGUUUAACGUUAAAUAAAAACACAAUUUUGCUGAAGCC